UCAAGCUGUAAGUCACAUACGAACGUGCCCGACUCGUACCGAUCGUCAACUUCAUUCACUAAUGUCCUUUCAAAGAAAAUCCCGGAUGAGACCAACGGUAACCGAAACGUAGGGUAGUUAGUUAACGAUGUGCGGGGUGUGAUGAUGAUUGGACGACAUCAUCAUUCGAAACGUAAUAAUGAAAAGUGCGGAGAGAUUCAAAUUGGUGUUCGUGCCUGGAACACUAGUGCUCGUGUGCACCAUUUUAGGAUUUUCGGUAGCCCAAACUGGACACACUAUUUGUGAUGACGUGCCGGGGUGUAACUGUACCAUGGUCGGGGGAUGGAGGAAUGUUAAUUGUUUAUUGAGGGAUGAUCAGGAUCUCAAACUUCAAGAAGAAAACAUACCGAAACUAAUCGCCGAAAUCUCCUUAAGUGGAGGCCAGUCCAUCACCUUUGGCACCAAGACCUUCACCAACCUCCGUGGUCUCUCCGCGGUCCAAAUCAGCAACGUGAAAACGAUCACCAUCGAGGCCAGAGCAUUUUUUAAACUCACUUCUUCUAGUCUACUCCUUAGGGUAUUCGGCUGUGAUAAUCUCGUGCUAAGGCACAAGGCGUUUGAUGAAAUAGAGAGUUCACUCUCCACCGAAAUGGAGAAAAUCCAAGAAGUUAGUUUAGAAAACUCUCCAUUUAAUAAUUUAGGCAACUGUACCUUUAAAGACAUCGGAAUACUUACUAUGGACAGCGGAGCCUUUGACAUAAGGAAUUUGGGAUUGGUUGGGAGGCACGGACCUGCCACAGUAGUAUUGUUUGUCAACGUUUACAUCCCAAAAAUUAACACGGAAGUGUUCAAGACCGUGUUGGCGGAAGUGGCUUUUAAAGACUGCAGGGUGGAUACUGUAAAGACUGAAGCCUUUAAGGCGGUGGAAAUAAAUUCCAUUCGAAUGCAAAACACCACUUUCCACACCAUAGAGUCAAAAGCGAUCGAUGGAAUGUGGGUUUCCCAAUUUGAAAUUAGUAAUUGCACCAUUCAUAGGAUUUCUUCUGGUGCUAUUACCGAUGCUGGUAUUGUUAGUAUGAUUGUUAAUUACUCCAAAAUAAGCGAUAUAGAAUCCUCGGCGAUCACCUCCACCACCAACAAACUCGAGCUUAUAGGCAACGAAAUAAGGCAUCUUAGAAGCCACGCCCUAAAUAUCAAAAAUUGGAAUAAAAUUGUGAUCGAAGAGAACCACAUUAAACAUCUUUCUCCGAACUUCUUGGUGUUGCACUUUGAUCCCGCUUUGGUGCAGAGCGCUUCUGAUGGUGCAAACUUUUUCUUUAAAGGAAAUUACAUUUACGAUGCGAAAGAUGGAUGCCUGGAGUUUGUGAGAGGCAUUAAGGAAGGGAAGCUGCUAUUUGACGAUAAUUACUUCGAUCGAACUUGUGGAUGCGACCUAGACAACUGGUUCACCAACUUGACGAAAUCCCCUUUUCCCACUUCCUCCUUCCUCUCCACCAGCUUCUGCAAAGUAGACUCUACCCUCUCUAAAUGUUUCUCCCUCCCAGCCGGCAUAAUCAAUAUGGCCAACUUCACAGAAAUGACAUGCGCAAACAACACCGUUUGCGAACCCUAUAACGGCGAGACCCUACCUGUCAAUGUCACCAAGCAGAUCUUCACUGAAGACGACCAUAACGAGAGUCGCAAAUGGUUAAUUCUUAUCGUGGUGUUCGUCGGCAUUUCCGUUCUCACUCUGGUCGGGACGUUUGUAAUGUUGCUCGUUAGAGGCAGCAGAUGGUUGAAAAGGAAAGUUGUUAAUUAUUCAGGCUAUUUUCGCAACAAUUACUACGGGAACAACCAGAGCAACGAGGACGAGGAGAACACCAUUGUGACCGUGGAUACGGAAAACGAGAAGUUGGAAAUUCCGGAGGAGUUGACCCAGGAGUUCCUUCAAGAGCUUUCGAGGAGGUUGGACGAUCCUGCGACACACCAAGAAGCUAGUGAUAUUAUCGAGAGACUUUAUGAGACUUUUGUUGUUGAUGAAAGUUAUGAGAAUAAUAACAGAGAAGAAGAAGCUCACUUAUACGAAGAAUUGGGCAACCUGAACCUCCAAAUACCUCCACCGCCAUACGAGGAACAUCCCUCGCCGACAACACCCGCGGCCAACACAACCCCCAGAAGUAUAUUAAAGCUGAUGGAAGAGAAGUUUAAUACGACCGGUUCAGUUGAGCACCAAAGAACGUUGGAUCUGAGCUGUUCCAGUACCAGUACCAACGCUAGCACCAAACCGAUACUAACUGGCGACUAUUCGGAACCAAUUGAUAAAGAAGAGGCGCAUUUGUAUUCGGAGCUAAAGCAGAAGGACGAAGGGAAAACGGAUAGCGUCAAGUCGAGGAAUUCGGUACAGCUGAGGCCGUUGCCUGAUAAGCCGGGGUAUAUUUUUGAGGCUGGACCCUCUAGUAAAUUGUGAAUUUAGAGAUUUUACUAAGGAAUUAAGUGCAAGUGUAUAGACCGUGAAAGGCUUAUUUGGAUCGUUAUUCUGGAUUAUGAGCUUGAAGGGUCAAAGGUUGAAGGAUCAGCUUUCAGCAGAAAAAAUAUAAUAAGGAAGCCAAUAUCUUGAAAAUACUGAACUGAUGUAAAUUUUAAGUUUAUGUAGCAGUAAUCUGAAUCCUCUAAUUUAUAAUAAAUGCCACUAGAUGCAA